UUUGAAUCAUCCAUUUCCCUCUUUUAUUCCAGUUCUUUUUUCGUGGAUUCCUCUUCUACCACUGAUCUGUUUUCAUGGUGUCACGUCUUCUUCUUCAUCGGUUUCAUGUACUGCCUCAGAAAUUGCCAGCAUCGUCAAUCCUGAGUAGCGUCUUCCUCUCCCAGCUACACCCUACAUUCAGUCUCAGACCACACUGUUACAUUCACGAUGAACCCUCUACUUCUUCAUCAUCUCAAUCCCAAUCACACUCACAAUCCGUUGUGAGAACAAUCUGUUCCUUGGUCUGUCAAUCUUAUUACCAGCAAACCCAUGUCAGAUUCACCCCUCCAAAGCUGCACCUCCCAUUAGACUCCGAGUCUCUGACCCAUGACCAGGCGAUUACGGUCGUUGCUUCGCUCGCUGAUGAAGCUGGUUCCAUGGUGGCCUUGAGUUUCUUGUACUGGGCAAUUGGGUUUCCUAAAUUCCGGCAUUUCAUGCGCCUUUACAUAGUUUCAGCCACCGCUUUGAUUGGUAACAAGAAUUUGGAGAGAGCCAAUGAGGUGAUGCAGUGUAUGGUGAUGAAUUUUGCUGAAAAUGGAAAAUUGAAGGAGGCUGUUAACAUGGUGGUGGAGAUGCAAAAUCAGGGCUUGGUUCUAAGUACCCAAACACUUAAUUGUGUUCUGGAUGUUGCAGUGGGAAUGGGGUUGGUUGAAAUUGCAGAGAAUAUGUUCGUUGAAAUGUGUCAAAGAGGGGUGUCUCCUGAUUGUGGAAGUUUUAAGUUAAUGGUUGUUGCUUGCUGUAACAUGGGUAGGGUUUUAGAGGCAGAGAGGUGGUUGAAUGCGAUGGUUGAAAGAGGGUUUAUAGUCGAUAACGCGACUUGUACCUUGAUCAUUGAUGCAUUUUGCCAAAAGGGUUAUGUGAAUAGAGUUGUUGGGUACUUUUGGAAGAUGGUUGAGAUGGGUUUGGCACCGAAUGUGAUAAAUUUCACUGCUCUGAUUAAUGGGUUGUGCAAGCAAGGAAGCAUCAAGCAGGCGUUUGAGUUGUUGGAGGAGAUGGUUCGGAGAGGUUGGAAGCCUAAUGUGUAUACCCACACAACAUUGAUUGAUGGGUUGUGCAAGAAGGGGUGGACCGAAAAGGCGUUUAGGCUGUUUCUUAAGCUCGUUAGGAGCGACGGUUACAAGCCAAAUGUGCAUACCUACACUGCUAUGAUCAAUGGAUAUUGCAAGGAGGACAAGUUGAACCGGGCAGAGAUGCUGCUGAGAAGAAUGCAGGAACAGGGAUUGGUUCCCAACACGAACACAUACACUACUCUCAUUGAUGGGCAUUGUAAAGUAGGCAAUUUCGUUCGAGCAUAUGAAUUGAUGGAUCUAAUGGGCAAGGAAGGUUUCUCUCCCAAUAUCUAUACAUAUAAUGCAAUCAUCGAUGGCCUCUGUAAGAAGGGAAGUUUUGAUGAGGCUUAUAGGCUCCUUAAUAAGGUCUCUGUUCAUGGCCUCCAAGCUGAUGGAGUCACAUAUACCAUUCUCAUGUCUGUACAUUGCAGGCAGGCUGAUACCAACCGAUCUCUGGUGUUUUUCAAUAAGAUGCUCAAAGUUGGCUUCACGCCUGACAUACAUUCCUAUACAACAUUGAUUUCCGCCUUCUGUAGGCAAAAACAGAUGAAAGAAAGCGAGAGACUCUUUGAGGAAGCUGUCAGUCUUGGCUUGAUACCCACCAAGAAAACAUACACAUCCAUGAUAUGUGGAUACUGCAGAUAUGGGAAUACAAGCUUGGCAGUGAAGCUGUUCCAGAGAAUGAGUAACCAUGGCUGUGCUCCUGAUAGUAUAACUUAUGGUGCUCUGAUCAGUGGGCUCUGCAAAGAGUCCAAGCUUGAUGAUGCUCGAAACCUCUACAAUGCCAUGAUGGACAAGGGCCUGUUGCCAUGUGAAGUUACACGACUGACGCUAGCUUAUGAGUACUGCAAGAAGGAUGAUUCCUCUACUGCCAUCAAUGUCUUGGACCGGUUAGAGAAGAGGCAGUGGAUAAGAACGGUGAACACCUUGGUCAGGAAGCUUUGCAGUGAGGGGAAAUUAGACAUGGCAGCAUUGUUCUUUCACAAGUUACUGGACAAAGAGCCAAAUGUGAAUCGAGUAACCCUGUUAGGGUUCAUGAACAAAUGCUAUGAAAGCAACAAAUAUGGUCUUGUCUCCGAGUUGUCUGAGAGGAUUUGUGAGGGAAUUGGUUAGCAUAUGCAGUGUACUGAAAUGGGCAAAACUUCAUUUGCUCUGGAAUGUAUUAUUGAGUUGCAGAAGCAGCCUACAUGAAUUUCCCUCAGAAGGGGUUCCCAGUUUUGGUUCUUUUUUAUCCUUUGAUUUAUCAAAAUGUGAAUUCUUGGUGUCUUCCCCACCAUUUAUAGAGAUCUA